AUGCAAUCCAAUUGGGUGGUUGGCACAUUCUUGGUGAUUUUGAACGUGAUUCGAGUGUCUUGUGGCCAAGAUCUUGCUUCAAAAGCAAAGACUGAGGGUGGAGACUGGCUUCCAACAGACAUCUCCCUGGCCUACUUGAACUGGAUCAAGGAGCGUCGAGGUGCCACCUCGCUCUCACCUCCAAGCGCCGAUGUCAGCAUCGUUUCCACCACGUCGGUGCCCGUUACACACGCGAGCAAACUCGUCUAUCGCAGCUCCAAUAUGUCGGAUCUGUUGUCGCGCUAUCGGGAAACGGAGCGACUGCAGCGUGGAAAACCAAUCACGUCGCACUUCAACACGCCGAUUUCGGCCACGACAACUACCUCAAGUCUAUCGGACGCCCACAUUCCAUCAGCGGAGAACGAGGAAUCACCAAAGGCGCCAACCUAUGGACGUGUUUCUGCUGGCAUCAUUAUACUCCUAACAAUCGUGGCUUCAAGUGUUACCAUCGGUGGAAAUGUUUUAGUGCUAUUGGCGUUCUACCUCGAACGGACCUUGCGCAUGCCAACAAACUACUUCAUAGCUUCACUGGCUGUUACAGACGUGUUGAUUGGGAUAUUCUCAAUGAACCUCUACAGUCUUUACCUGCUACUGGGAUACUGGCCGCUUGGUAGGAUACUCUGUGAUCUAUGGCUAGCACUGGACUACACCCUCUGCCUAACUAGUCAGUACACUGUCCUCUUCAUUACACUGGACCGCUUUUUCUCCGUCAAGAUACCCGCCAAGUACCGAAAUUGGAGAACUGGCAACAAGGUGUUGUCGAUGAUCGCGAUCACCUGGAUACUUCCCUCGUCCAUAUUCUUCACCACCAUCAUUGGAUGGCCUUAUUUUAGCAAGUACAACCACGUUCGACAAAGUGGAACUUGUUAUGCAGAAUUUUCAAGCAACCCCAUGUUCAACACUAUCCUAACUAUCUCCUACUUCUGGCUAACGCUCUCCGUAAUGACAGGCCUAUACAUUGGCAUCUAUUUGGUGGCAUUGCGACUGCAGAAGAAAUCGGAUGAGAAGAGGGCAAAGGUCAAGACGUUAGCUAAAAUAUCCGGCCAAAAUGCGACGGGAACAGGCACUGAAUCGAGGGUGAAUAACACAGAGGUGGAAUUCGGCGAGUCGUAUCACUUAGGCAGUAGCAAUGGCACUGGUGCGCCUCCAACGUCGUGUGAGUACGACUCUGGAACCAACGCCGUGAACGAUAUUCGACAGUCGACGAAGUUUCCGCCGGACAAAUUCAAGGAAGACAUGCUGCCCUACUGCGGUCCUGUGCCAUCGCAAGACAAACCACCUGCAGCGCCAGCUACCGGCGCAUUGCCGUGCAACACAAAGAAAAAUGCCGUCUACACUAAUGACUGCUUUUCCGAUUCCACCUUCUGCCCUGUCGCGGACUACUCUCCGAAGGCUUCACCAACGUCAAUCGCGGAGACGCUGUUCGCCGACAUCCGCUCACCUCACCUCAGUGAUCCGGAAAUCGUGGAAGGGGAAAAGUCGUUUGAACAAGACCUCUUUAGUUUCCCCUCGUCCCCUGCUGUCCACGCGUUCUCAGAUCCCGAGUCGUCUUGCGGCACAAACAACAGCGGGAGUAGCCUGAAGUUGAGCUUAGCUUAUUCCCAAGACCUGGCUCAUCAUUCCGACAACAGUAGUUUAGCGGCAGAGUUUGAAGGUUCUACGUAUCCAGAACAGAGCUAUUCUUGCCGAAAUGACAAUAAUAGACCAACGUUGGGGCAGAAUUUUGUUGGAAAUAGGCAUAGUAGCGAAGAUAAUACGCUCCAGGUGUGUCCGUUUCUUGAUACAGAUCCUCCACCAUCAAAUGUGGAAAGUCGUCGAAUAUCCAAGACCACUGCGGCAAAGGUAGCUCAAAUCUGGCAGGAUAGGCUUUCGAAGCAGAAGCAGCAGCAGCAGCAGGACCAAAAGCUGCAAGAAUAUCACAAUCAGUCAACUGGUAAUCAUCUACGAACCACCUCGACUGACAGCCGCGACUCCACUAACGACGGUCGCGCUGCAAUCACAUCAAACACACUGCCCCGUGCCCGAAAGAGAGCCUUCUACUUCGCCAGCUACUUCCACAAGUCGCGAUCCACGAAUGUCGGCGUUAAGCGUCAGGUGCCGAUGGAGCGCGGUCGAACAGCGAAUCGGGCGCGCAAGGCCCUCAAGACGAUCAGCUUCAUUCUGGGGGCUUUUGUGAUCUGCUGGAUACCCUACCACAUUGUCAUAUUGAUUAAGGGCUUCUGUGACGACCCUGGAAGGGACUACACCUGCGUCAACCACCACCUCUACAGCGUCACCUACUGGAUGUGCUACAUGAACUCUCCCAUCAAUCCCUUCUGCUAUGCCCUCGCAAAUGCUCAGUUCAAGCAGGCUUUCCUUCGAAUCUUACGACUGGAUCUCAAGCGACGGUGA